AUGGCUCAAACUCAAGAAUCGGUUGUCAAACGAGAGGAGUUUCAUGCAUUUGUUGUACGGUGUAUGGAAUCUGCUGGUACAAAGACAGAUCACGCCAAAAGUCUUGCCAAUCUGCUGGUGGCUGCCGACUAUAGAGGACAUUAUAGCCAUGGUUUGAAUCGACUGGAUAUGUAUGUAAGUGACGUUGAAAAUAAAAUGGCUUGCAGUGAUAAAGAACCAACUAUAACUAAAGAAACUGUCGCUACAGCCUUAGUUGAUGGCCAUAAUCUUUUAGGUCCAGUAGUUGGUAAAUUCUGUAUAGACUUAGCUAUAAAGAAGGCAAAAGAAGCCGGUAUUGGUUGGGUGGCAUGUAAUGCUUCAAAUCAUUUUGGCAUAGCUGGAUGGUACAGUAUGAGGGCCACAGAACAAGGACUUAUAGGAAUGUCCUUUACAAACACAUCACCAUUCAUGGUACCAACUCGGGCCAGAAAGGGAACUUUAGGAACCAAUCCCAUAUCAGUAGCAGCUCCAGCCAAUAAAGGUGACAGUAUGGUAUUAGAUAUGGCUACGACUGCUGUAGCUUUAGGCAAGGCAAGUAACCUGUUAUCUUUUCAAAAAGGUUUGGAUAUUCCAGAAGGCUGGGGUUGUGAUAAGGGUGGAAAGGUUACAACAGAUGCAUCACGAGUAAUGGGCGGAGGUGGACUGAUGCCGUUAGGUGGUGCUGAAACUACAGCUGGUUAUAAAGGUUAUGGUUUGGGUAUGAUGGUUGAGGUAUUUUGUGGUAUUCUGGCCGGAGCACAUUAUGGAUCUAAUGUUCGGUCUUGGUCUUCACACACCGAAUUGGCUGACUUGGGCCAGUGUUUUGUUGCAAUCGACCCAUCAGCCUUUGCUCCUGGAUUCACGGAUAGAAUGAGUGAUUUAAUAGACACGUGUCGAGGAUUAGAUCCUGCUGAAGGCGAAACAGAAGUUAUGGUACCAGGUGAUCCUGAAAGAAAACAUAUGGCUAAAUGUGACCAGUUGGGUGGUAUCCCCUACCAUCCUAAUCAAAUCACUUAUGCCAAUGAAUUGGCGAAAAAAUUGAAAGUGGAACCAAUGAAGACUUUAUAGUGGUCGCCUGGUUUGUUGAAAUGAGCUAGCGGAUUAAAUGCGAACGUUUUUGGACGGUUUUUCACAAUUAUUGUUAAGAUAUUCCAAUUCUACAUCUAGCCCCAUACGAAACUACGUAUGGUUCUUAUAUGGAAAUAACACACACGAACGUAGUUCAUUACCAAAGUCUUCUUCUACUUCAUAAGUUGAAUUUUUAAGAACUGCUAUUAUAUUUCAACAAAGCUUUCAAAUCCCACUUGAAACCAUUUCCAAGCCUUUACAUGUGUUUUGAAGGCUUAGUUGAAAUUUGUAGCUUUUCUUUAAAAUUAAGUCGAGUAAGUGAUUUAGAAUGGUUGUGAACCACGCUCGUAUGUGUUAUUUCCAUGUAAAACCUGUGCUCUGGGUACUGCAGUCUGAAAUUUUCGUCAUUUUUUUUAUGUUUCAAGAAGGCUUUAUCAAUUAGAUAUACAAUUCUUACUAGCUCUAUCUUAUGAAACUAUGCUGUUGGUUUGUAUUUGAAUAAUGAUUUGAUUAAUUUAUAUUGAUUAAAUAUCAAUUGAUUAAUUAAAAGUUUGGUUAAUUGGGUGUACUAAAUUGUAAGUCUUCAUUAUCAUUUAAAUUAAUAUUACAAAUUCAUAUUUGUUUAUUAGAUAUUACAGUUAUCUAACUGAAAUAUCUAAUAUUCAUUAAAAAUUACUUCUUUUGUUGAUUAAAUGUUGAUUUGUUUC